GGAAGUACGUAUCCUUCUCAGCAAGGCCCGAGAAGCAUUCGCGCAGAUGCCGAAGCGGAGGGUUCACGAUAUUUCCGAAUCUGACGCGAGUGAUGAUGGAAUCACCGGUACCGAACAGGAGUCCUCUUCGACGGGCGCUGACCCAUCGAGAGGAGUAAAGGUGUUCCGGCUGGCCCUUGGAUUCCGAAGCCUGAACAUCAGAUAUUCACAAAAAUAUCGCGCAAAACCCCUCUCUCGACAGAAAGGCCGCACGCAUGAGGCUCUCACUGAUGGAGCAGACGGGGAGUCGUCACCAUCGGAAAGAAGUCCGACGAACGAAUCAGAUCCUCAUGCGGAAUCGAGGGCUCUGGCUCUGAGGGGCUCUCCAUCGUCAGCAAGUCAAAUGUCCAUCCUGUGUUUGGAUGCGCACGAGGAGGUCGAACGAACGCCAAGAUCGUUCAGCGUCGUGGACGUGCCGAAGCGACCCCCACGGAAAGUGCAGACUUUGAUGUUUGCCUACGUGGUGGAUCGUUCCCCAUCCGAGACGUGCAGUUUCGAAGAUUACGGAUUCUACACCCUGAAGCGGAGAGUAAUCGACACUUUCAUGCGGAUGAGAUUGGAUAAGUUCAAAAAGCACCAUGCUCUGGUCCUCACAUGCUGUGACGCGAGGACGGAUAAUCUGAGCAAUCGACUCCAAGCGAAGUCGCUCAACGAGCACUGCGUGGAAAUUCUCCAAGCUGACGAACUAUCCGUGGAUCGGAUACGGGAGCUUCCCGAAACCUCCAGUUUCACAUCCGAAGAGGAGCAGUUUUCGAACGUCAUUGCGGGUUUGAUGACUGCAGCCGAUAUAAUAACGCGCAAAGCUGCUGAUUGCGGAACAUACGAGCGAAUCGAAAUCACUUUGUUCUCCGAUCUCAAAUUCGACUUAAAAGAUCGAUCGGUCAACAAGAUGUCCCGGGUUCUCUCCCAUGUGUUGUCAGAAGCUGAUCUCACGAUAAUCUCUGACGCGUCGGAGAAGGAGUAUUUCCAGCGGAAUAUGGAUUUCUUGAAGGAUAUUUUCAAUGAGGUCAAGGUGUUCUCUCACAAGGAAGCAAAAAGACAGAGCGAGCAAUGGACGAUGGCUGAGCAGAUACCAACGAAAUUUGCGGCGACUAUAAAAAUUUUCGAGCAGGAGCUCCCGAUAGAAGCAUAUCUUCUUUGCAACGAGAAGAACAGCUCACUCCUGAAGACGAAACUGGAGAAGGCCGAUGACAAGACCCAGACCGUCGAAGUUGCGGAGAGCUCCCUUCGCGAGGAGAAGAAACUCGUCAAGCUCACCGACGAUGGCCACUACAUGAAAGACGACCAUAAUCGUAUAGUGACUGUCGACCCUGAGCGCGCAGCCAUGGCUUACCGAUUUGGAACAACAGCCGUCCCGACAGAGAAAAAACUCGCCGAAUAUGUACCGUCUGAGCCGAGUCACAAAGGUUACGUGGUUAGGGGCUGGUACCCUGCCAACGAGUUCGCUCUAUACGUGAGCGGCGGUAAGGCAUACCGAGUGUUUCCUGCGGGCGGGAACUGUUCCGUGUUCGAUUCGCUGCUGGUCUUAUGUGCUCGUAAAGGAUACGCUCUGCUUGUCGACUACACGUACCAAGCCCGCUUCGAGCCAAAGCCGGGAGUUCUCAUACCUCAUCUCAAAAAACGUUGCUUCGUGUACUAUGACCUGGUACAUGAAGAUAAUCUCAAUUAUUUGCCUCGGUACGAUCCCCUCGCUUCGGUGAAGCCAUCUGCGGAUAAGUUGAAGAAGCUGUGCGAUAUCAUCGCCCAGUCUCAAAUCGACCGUCUUGAGCUCAAAUACGACCCAAAAGAUCAACAAAUAAUUGAGAAUUGCUGGCAGCAAGAAAUCGGAGAGAGCUCAUGGAAGUUCCAUGAGAGAUUCGGGAGCGUGGCUUUCAAGAGAGAUGCUGCUCUGCUCGAGAGGAUUGAGGAAUUCAAAGAAGGCGCUGGAGGCUUCGUUCGACGGCUGGUUGUUGAGAAGAAAGAAGAAUCCGCUCCCAAGGAAAAUGAGGAUCUAAUCCCUUUCCCUGUUGAGUUUGUGGACAAGGCUCAGAUAGAGAGAGUACCUCCCGACGAUUUCAAGUCACUCUUCAGGAAAUGAGAAUAUCUCGUCAUCGAUUUGAUUCAUUCUGGAGUCUGUCAAUAUGUUUCUAAUAAAAUCAUGAAUCUUA